AUGGUCGAGUCCUGGAUUCGUCACGACGUGCAAACAUACCAAACAGGACACAAGUUAUCGUUGUCGGACUUGCAGCUUGCGGAUGGCCACAAAGACGCCCAGCAUAACGGGCAUUAUCUGAAAAAAGUUUAUGCCGAAUCCUCAUCCUCAAUCCUCCUCCCUGAACAUCCGUAUUUCCUCCAUGUUUCAGAAGUUUCCAUCCAAAUCCCAGAUCCCAAUAUCGAGUCCAAGUCAUCCUUCCUGCAGCAGAAAUCUCUUGGAGGCAACCAGUACCUCAAGUCCAAUUGGUCGACUGAUGACUUCCUUACAACGGAUUUCUUAACAGGUCAAUAUCUACUCUUUAUGUGCUUAAGACCCUCCAUCCCAUCGGAUACAAAUACCUUCAAGAAAAUCCAGCUUGAACUGGUUUGCCGAUUCCCCAAGCGAGCUUCCGAAAUCGUCACCCUGACCCCAGCUUUUUUCAUCCACUGCCACGUCUCUCCCUCCCCCCUCACAAUGUUCCACGCGUUCCAUCUCAUUGUCUUCAAGCCAUACCAGCCACAGAAACAUGGUCGCGUUGGACAGUCUACGCAGGUGAGUGGCUUUCUUCAAGCAGGUGACAGAUUCACAACGUCUGGAACACAUAUAAGCAUGCUGCAAAUUCGACUCAAGGCGCUUGCUCUCGCUUCCAAGGUCUGA